UCAUGAUCAUUUAGCUUAUUAUGAACAUGCAUAUUAACAUAAACAACAAUGUGAAAGAUGACUCAAAAAGAAAAUGAAAGCAGCUGUCAGUCACAGCUGUACGUAAGUCCGUGCACGUAACUUCAUACGUCGCAAGUAUACUGACGUUCGUGCGUAAUUUGUGUUCAGUCUCCAACUCUCAGGAAAACUUUACGUUUCCCGAAGCCAGUGCUUGUUUCACGUGAUGGACGGUGACUCACCUUUAAUAACUUGUAGUGAUGAAUAUCAAUUGCUUGAAACAUACUGCCAGAAGAGGAGGAAGCCAAGCCCAGGAUUGGUGCAAAGUGCCUGUAUACUGGAGGCACAAUCUGGUGAUGAGAGAUUUGGUGAUGUGGCUGAAAAACUGGCUCAGAUUGCAGACAACGGACUUUGUUUUGAUGAAGGACUAGAGCCAGACAGUCCUGUUGCGAAAGAGGCUAACUCAGAUGUAAUAGUGAGGCUUGUUGACUUGCUGAAGACAUCAGGGGACGAACUGAAUGAAACGAUUCAUUGCAACCAAGAGCUUUUAGGAUUCCUGCAGCAAACUUUCUCUUACGACUUGUUUAAAAAACUGACUAAAGCCUUCAUCACGAGUAGUGUGCCAGAAUUUCUGCAGAGCAGAAAAAAACGUGAGCAGAUCGCCCUGGCCUUUGAGGUCACCAGCAGACUCAAAGCCCUGGACUUACACCCCAUGAACAGGGUCAUGGGAUACGGAGCUCAGUACCUGCAGGAGAACUUCGCUCCCUGGGUUAAACAGCACGGUGGUUGGGAGAAAGCCUUUGUUGGCGAUGAUGAUGAAGAGGUCCAUUGACAAGAUACUGUGAAAUGGAUGAUUUUGAUUACAUAUUAUCGACUAUAAUAGAAUAAAAUCUAUAUUUUAUAAAUCUAUAAAUACCUUUUUAUAAAUAUCUACUUGUUUAUAGAUAAAUUGAAUGUAAAAUAAAAUUUUGUGUUACUAAUGAAA